UGUUUACGAGAGUUGUGUGGGAUUUGUUAAGUUAUUUUCGUCUUAAGCAUAUUUAUAUAAGAAGGAACUACCUUUCUGCCUCACAAUUGGUGCUAUCACUGUUACUGAUGUAGUACUGUUAGCCGAUUUCUGGUUUGGCGAAAACGAAACUUUAGUAGCGAAGCGCCGAAAGUCCUUAAUGCCGAUGAAGCGGUUACCACAUACACAACCGCAGAGCCACAUGGACAUUUUUUUUCUCUUCCGAAUGCUGUGAAGCAAAUAGUAAUCUCCCAUGAAAGAAACCAAACAGUGGCAUUACUCCAAAACUGAGUAUCGCCCUUCGAUCCAUGCGUGGGAUAGUAGUUGAUUUCGGCAAAAUGAUACACCUUUCAUUGUUUGGAGGCAACGAAGACAUUGUCGUAAUUGCACAAUAGCAGUUGAGCGAGAGUGAUUUGCUCACGAAAACGAUAACUGUAUUUGCAGCUGUUCGAAUUUGUUGUGUUGUAUCUAUUUAUUAAUAAAUUAUUUUCGAAGGAGGUGAGGAAUUGAGAACUUUUAUUGAGCAUUUGUGCUUGCACAAAUUGUUCCAUAUGGUUUCUUUAAUCAAGCAUUCGAAAACUAUAUUUUCACCUUGCUUGAAAAUUUCGUCGAAUUUAUGUUGAAUUUAAGUAAUGAAAACGAUUUUCUACGUCAGUAUCGACUGUGUGUGUUAAAUAAUGCGCUCAAACUGUUUAAAAAUUAUUGAUUCUUUGUUCUCAGGCUGUCAUUAUUGUUUUACGUUAAGAGUCUCCACAAUGAAAGUAAAGCAGCUCUACAAAAUAUUUCGAGCUGAUAAGAGGCUCAACUACUCCUUCAUGUCAUGAAAUUAUCGCGAGACACAAAAUAUUGCUCCCACCGUGUAAUUUGGGUGCCGCGCAAGGAUACAAAAUCUUGAGAUCUCUGGCGUAGCACUUUGGGUUCUAACGAUGGAGCGGUUGUCGGACUUGGUUCAUGAGGAAGUGUCAUUUGCGAAAGGCAAGGACUGACUGCAGAUGUAGGCUCUUGUUAACCGCAGGAUGGAGUGUCCACAUCUGUUAUCCAGUGUGAAAUUUCAUGUAUCUGCAUAUGAAAGUAACUCUGAUGGUAUAAGAGAUUGGCAAUGUGCAGUAUGCUCAUCUUCAGAAAGUCCGUGGCUGUGCUUAUAUUGCGGAACGAUAAAUUGCGGUCGCUAUAUUAAUGGGCAUGCGAAGCAUCAUUCAGAACAGCAUAGUGAUCAUACACUCAGUAUGGACUGUGAGACCCUAGCAGUUUUUUGCUACACAUGUGAUGAAUUUAUAACGAAUGAUACGCAGUCAGAUGUCCUACAGGGAAUUCGUCGAUUGUUUCACAAAUUAGAUGCAAAGACUAAUGAAGAAAAUGAAUGUCGUACAGCAGAAAAUGAACGGAAGCCUUGGAAGUCUCGGUCCCUCACGCCCAGAGACAGUCAAGAAAACGUCCGGAUUUUGCGGCCUAGGUCGCGCAAAAGGUAUUCCACAUCAGAUGUUAAUGGUGAAGUGAAGUACAAAAAACAGCAUAUAGAAAAAGUUGACAAACCAAAAAAUAAUAAUGCCAAAUUAAGGAGGGAGAAGAAAGUUGUUGGUAUAAGAAACUUAGGUAAUACCUGUUUCAUGAAUGCAGUACUACAGUCUUUAAGCAACAUUCAAGAAUUUUGUUGCUACUUCAAGCAGUUGCCAUCACUAGAAAAAACAAAGCAAAAUGGCAGACGCGUUUAUCAGUCUAGAACACUUAGAGAAAUGAAUGAUGCAAUAAUGGCAGAGGAGUUGAGGAAAGUUCUUGUAAGUUUAACACAAGGUGGCACUAAGGGUGCCAUUUCGCCUGAGUCCCUGUUUCUUGUAAUAUGGAAGGUGGUACCUCGUUUCAGGGGUUACCAACAACAAGAUGCACACGAGUUUCUAAGAUACAUGCUAGAUCGCUUGCACACGGAACUGCUGCACCUUUUGCCCGACUUUUCUCUGAAGGAGAGCCCUUAUAUCUCCCUACAGAAAGGGCGUACAUCAAUCGUCACCAGUGUGUUUGGGGGAACACUGCAGAGUGAAGUACGGUGUCUUAACUGCAGUACAGAAUCAAAGAAACAUGACCCUUUUCUGGACCUUUCUCUUGACAUACCAGACAAAUUUCAGCUCAGCAGAAAGUAUAAAGACCAUGAGGGUGGCAUUCCUCCAUGUAACAUAUCAGAUUGUUUAACAAGUUUUAUAGAAGUUGAAGAACUAGCUGAAACUGAGCUGUAUUACUGUAGCACUUGCAAGAGCAAACAACGGUCAACAAAACGCUUCUGGAUUCAUCGGCUACCGAAUGUGUUGUGUCUUCAUUUGAAGAGAUUCAGAUGGCAUAACUUUUUCAGAACGAAAAUAGAUACAAAUAUAUCAUUUCCUGUUACUGCGUUAGAUAUGUCACAGUAUGUGCUGAGCAAUCUGCACGAUACCCGUAGAUCAGGAAGUGGUAGCAACUUAUAUGAUUUGGCUGCUGUUAUUGUCCAUCAUGGAUCUGGUGCUGGCUCUGGUCACUACACGGCAUUUGCAGUCAACGAUGGACAGUGGUUCCAUUUCAACGAUAGUACAGUGAGGCCAACAGAAUGUGGUGUUGUCGCAAAGUGCAAACCUUAUAUAUUAUUUUAUAUUAGGCGGGAAUUCAGGCUGCCCUCUGUGAGCACGUGACAAAAUGCUAUUCAGAAGCUGCUUGGCUGUCAGUAACCUCCUCCUCUGCAUUAAAUAUCUUGGAUUGUCUGUGAAAAGUAUUAUCCUGGAAACCAUAUCGGCAUACAGUACAAGAAGUGUUGCUUUUUCUGUUUUAUUUUGUGAAAUGAUGCUCUUUAAGAAAGAGCUUCAUUGUGCCUAAGUUAUGAGAGCUUUAUUGUGGCUCAGAUAUUCUGUAUAAACAUUCCUGUGUAUCUAACUUCAAUGUAUUUAUUUGUUAAUGAUGUAUAAAUGUGUGUGGAAUCUGAGGCUGUAAAUGACUAAAGACUGAUAAGAAUUUUUAGAAUACUCUGCCUAUUACUCUUCAGAUGCUGCAGGAAAAUACACUUGCAGAAAACAUUCAUAAUUGAAACUACUUAUUUCUCAUUGUGAUUGUAUCUUAGGUGUCAUUAUUUAAAAGUUCAGUCUUUAUUGUUCUGCAGAUUUCAUUGUAUGCUCCUGAUUGUCAUCCCAUCAAAUAUGUAUAUUUAAGUGUACACUGAAUUUCUAAAAGUAAUUAUGUACUUAUUUGAAGAGGGAUUUACGUAGUUGUGAAGUAUUUUUGAUGUAUGUUCUGUGACUAUGGUAUUUAGCCCAUUUGAAUUUUUUUCUGGAGUUUCACACUCCUGUUUACGCCUAUACAGUAUGUACCUGUAAAUUUUCAAUUCCUUCUUUGUAAAAAGUUAAAGAGCAUUAUUUAUUUGGGUCUUUGAACACACCAAAAGGAAUUGACUGUUUUAGUUUUAAAAAGCUAUUUUAAAGAAAUGUGAUAUUAAACCAUCAGUCAUAAAACUGAGGCUAUUUUUAAUCAUAUUAAAUGUUCAUCGUACUGACCAUAAAAUAAAUUACAAUGUUUCAGUUUUUACCAUACAGGGUGAUACAAAAAGGUUCGGCCAAACUUUCAGGAAACAUUCCUCACACACAAAGAAAGAAUGUUAUGUGGACAUGUGUCCGGAAACGCUUACUUUCCAUGUUAGAGCUCAUUUUAAUACUUCUCUUCAAA